CCAGUCCAGCCCAGCCCAGCCACCUCCUCGUCGUCGUCCUCCUCCUCCUCCCCCUUCCCCUGCCGUAGUGGCGAGCACGCCCUCGCCUCGCUCGCUCGGCUCCAAUCAUUCGCCUCCCUCUCGUGCGGCGGCCGCGUGGUGGUUUACCCAUGGAUGAUUGACGGGGUAAACCAAACCCGGCUGGCUCGCUUAAUUUCCCCGACCGCGCGUUCGCUAGCUGACGGCGGGCGGUCAGCGACAGCAACUCCUCCACCACGAUUCGACCUCAGCACACCUUCUCUUCGCUCUUGAAGCAAAAGUCACUCAGGACUAGUCCGCCACCAAAAUCCAGGGCUACUAUGGCGAUUUCAAUGAGGGAAGUGGAUCCUGCCUUUCAAGGGGCUGGUCAAAAGGACGGACUAGAAAUAUGGCGGGUUGAAAAGUUGCAAGCGGUUCCUGUUCCCAGAGAAUCACAUGGGAAGUUUUUCACAGGAGAUUCCUACAUUAUACUGAAGACAACUGCCAUUAAAAAUGGUUCUUUCCGGCAAGAUAUCCAUUAUUGGCUUGGUAAAGAUACCAGUCAGGAUGAGGCUGGUACAGCUGCAAUCAAGACUGUGGAACUAGAUGCUGCUCUUGGUGGACGUGCAGUUCAAUACCGUGAAGUACAGGGAAAUGAGACCGAGAAAUUUCUUUCAUACUUCAAACCCUGUAUUAUACCAGAGGAAGGUGGAGUUGCAUCUGGUUUCAGGCAUGCCGAAGUCAAUCAGCGGGAGCAUGUAACACGAUUAUUUGUCUGUAGAGGAAAGCAUACAGUCCAUGUGAAAGAGGUUCCCUUUGCACGAUCAUCACUCAACCAUGACGACAUAUUUAUUUUAGAUACCGAGUCCAAGAUAUUCCAAUUCAAUGGAUCGAAUUCUAGUAUUCAGGAGAGGGCUAAAGCCCUUGAGGUUGUGCAAUAUCUCAAAGACACUAACCAUGAAGGAAAAUGUGAUGUAGGUGCAGUUGAGGAUGGAAAGUUGAUGGCAGAUGCUGAUGCUGGUGAAUUCUGGGGUCUCUUUGGUGGAUUUGCUCCUCUGCCAAGAAAGACCUUUGCGGAGCUUAAUGGAGUAGAUACUGCUUUCCCUCCGAAGCUGCUCUGUGUAAAUAAGGGUCAAGCAGUUUCUGUUGACUGUGAAGUUCUAACGAAAGCACUGCUAGAUUCAACAAAAUGCUACCUUCUGGACUGUGGAUGUGAAAUUUAUGUCUGGAUGGGUAGAGAAACAGCGCUCGAAGAUAGGAAACGAGCAGGAUUGGCCGCUGAGGAAUUACUUCGUGACGGAAAUCGACCAAAAUCUCACAUUGUUCGUCUCAUGGAAGGAUUUGAGACAGUCAUAUUCCGAUCAAAGUUUAAUAAAUGGCCCAAGAAAGCCGAGGCAGUUGUGUCAGAUGAGAGCAGAGGAAAAGUUGCAGCCCUACUUAAACGGCAGGGAUUUAAUUCUAAGGUUACAGCAAAAGCUGCUCCUGUGAAGGAAGAGCCUCAGCCUCUGAUUGACUGCACAGGAAAUUUACAGGUUUGGCGCGUAAAUGACAGUGAAAAGACUUUCCUUUCAUUCUCCGAACAAUGCAAAUUCUACAGUGGAGAUUGUUAUAUCUUCCAAUAUAGUUACCCUGGUGAUGAUGGGGAGGAAUGUCUUAUCGGUACUUGGUUUGGAAAAAGGAGUAUUCAGGAGGAGAGGACUGCAGCCACUUCACUUGCUAAUACGAUGAUUGAGUCUUUGAAAUUCCAGGCAGUUCUGGUUCGCCUUUAUGAAGGAAAGGAGUCCAUUGAAUUUUUCCCAAUAUUUCAGAAUUUGGUUAUAUUCAAGGGUGGUGCUAGUACUGGGUAUAAAAAGUUUGUCUCAGAAAAUGGCAUUCAAGAUGAUACAUAUUCAGAAAAUGGGGUUGGACUCUUCCGGAUUCAAGGCUCAGGACCAGAUAGUAUGCAAGCAAUUCAAGUUGAUACGGCGGCACCAUCCCUGAACUCUUCUUAUUGUUACAUACUACAUGAUGGAGAUACGGUAUUUACUUGGAUUGGGAACCUAAGUUCAUCAGUGGACCAAGAUCUAGCUGAGAGGCAGCUAGAUGUGAUCAAGCCAAAUCUUCAGUCAAGAAUGCUGAAGGAAGGAUCAGAAUAUGAUCAGUUUUGGAAAUUACUUGGAAUCAAGUCCGAGUACCCCAGCCAGAAGAUUGCACGAGAUCAAGAAAGUGACUCUCAUUUGUUCUGUUGUACUUUUUCAAAAGGAGUGCUUAAGGUUAGAGAGAUAUUCAACUACACACAAGAUGAUAUGAUGUCGGAGGACAUAUUUAUUUUGGACUGUCAUUCAUGUGUCUUUAUAUGGGUUGGACAACACGUGGACACAAAAGUACGAGCACAAGCUUUGAACAUGGGAGAGAAAUUUCUAGAACUUGAUAUUCUAAUGGAAAACGUAUCCCGGGAAACACCACUUUACGUCAUCAAUGAAGGAAGCGAGCCCCAAUAUUUCACCAGAUUCUUCACAUGGGACUCUGCAAAGUCAGCUAUGCGUGGUAACUCUUUUGAAAGAAGGCUGUCUGUAUUAAAGGAUGGAGUAAAACCAAGAAGAGAUAAACCUAAAAGAAGACCAAUAACAUCAUCGCACACCGGAAGAUCAAGCGUGCCUGAUAAAUCUCAGCGGAGAAGUACAUCUUUUAGUCCUGACCGUGUAAGAGUUAGAGGAAGAUCACCAGCAUUCAAUGCGUUGGCUGCCAACUUCGAGAAUUCAAAUGCCCGAAAUCUAUCAACCCCUCCACCAGUUGCUAGAAAAUCAUUUUCGAAGUCCUCCCCUGACCCUGUAAAGCCACCCCAGAGAGCUGCUUCAAUUGCUGCAAUGUCUGCAUCUUUCGAGCGGCCUAGACAAACCCUGAUACCAAAGUCAAUUAAAGCGAGUCCUGAUGCAAACAAACCACAAUCCGAAGCAAGCAAACCUAAAUCAGAGGUAAACGCCAAGGAGAGUAGUACCCCUGCUGCGAAGGAUGGGCAAACUGUAACUCCAACGAUACAGGAAGAUGUAAAGGAGGGUCAGCCAGAAGAUGAGGAAGGGCUUCCUGUAUUUCCAUAUGACCGCCUGAGGACAUCUUCCACUAAUCCUGCCACAGACAUUGAUCAAUCCAGGCGUGAGACGUACCUAUCUUCGAUGGAGUUCAGGGAGAAGUUUGGCAUGGCGAAGGAGGCUUUCGCAAAGUUACCAAAGUGGAAGCAGAAUAGGCUCAAGAUCGCACUGCAGCUGUUUUAAAAUGUUCUAGAGGUUGUGUCUCUCUGCUUAGCGAAAUGUUUUAGCGGUUGCUACCAGAAUUACGAGAUUGGUUUUCAAAGGAAGAUCUCAUUCGCCCCAGGCACUCGAAAGAUCUCUCUUGCACCUGUUGCGAUGAUAAGAAGAAACAUUGUAAUUGUAAACCUAUCUGGGUCAAGGGACCCUUGGUGGGUGGGCGUCGUAGGAGCUGGAGCAGUGAGUUUUGAGCUGCUCAUGUCCCCGAAUUGUGCCAUUCGGUAACUGAUUUUUCAUUUCUUGUGUCAGAUCGCCGCAUUGGCAAUCCUGUUAUACGCCGAUUCUUUAAAUUCCGUUUAAAGGUCA